CCUGGCUAUGGAUUCAGAACGCCACUUCCCAGAGUACACGGCGAGGAAAUGGAGUGUUAUGAGCAGCAUGUGUAUUCCUACGAAACCUCUUUUUAUUACAUAAAAAGCAAACUAACAGGCCAUUACGUGACGUUAAAGGGAUACAGGUGGGAAGAGAUGGACAAAGUUCAACAAGAGCAAUUCUUAAAUGAAGUCUCUGUGCUAUGGUAAAAUUCAGCCUAAUUCAGUCUCGUUACACACAUCGCCGUGGAGAUCACAGACGGCACUUACGAACAUAUCUUACUUCGUGACCUCUUUAUAAUCACUACAAAUAGUAUCAGUAUUUAUAAUGGUUUGGUAUUGGCUUCGCUGGGUUUCAUAGUACAACUGUUACUCUCUCUGAAAAAUCAUAGCAGGUACUACAGUCGUUGUCUGGCUGCGCGCAAAUUAGUAGGGAUAACCGUUACGCGCGAGGCGCGAGAUGGAUUUAUUGUUCUGAACCCCCGCAUAGCACUCGGCUAAUUAAAAGGCUCCCUCCUUCGAUCAUUCCUUUGUUGCUAUCCAAGCAAUCGUUAUGUACAGAACCUUUCUUUUCAGGAAAAUCAAUCUCAACAGAUUUAUUAUAAUGUCCGGAGGACUGGAAGGACGCAUCUUUCUUUCUUUUCAGCGACUUGCGCAUCUAAGUAUCCUCCUUCUUAUGGCCGUAUACUAGUACUGAUCCUUUAAAACGGGGACUAGUGCUAGAGCCCGUGUAACGUGGCUUAAGAAAGCUCCUUCUUGAAGACAAGACUGUCUUUGAUGAGGACACUGUUCUGCGUUUCAGCCGAGACGUAGCAUGCGCAAUGCAGUUUGUUCAUCAGCGAGGUUAUCAUCACUGCAAUCUGGGAUCACCUAGUGUGGUAUUAACUGAGAACUUUUCAGCAAAGGCU